UAAUUUACCAAAAUACCCCUAUACAUGCUACCUACCCCCAAAAUGUUGCCAAAAUUCUGUUACCAAAAUUGCCUCCUGUCCUUAUAAUCCCCAUACAUCUCUCACUCCUUCACGUCCACUUCUCUACCACCCAAUUAUGGCUCUUCAAACCACCAACUCACUCCUCCAAUUUCAAUCUCUUUCACCACCACUCAAAUCUUUUCCGGCCACCACCACCUCCUUCCGCCCCAUCUCCGCCGUCCAUUCCCCCGACCCAACUGUCCCAAAACCACCCUCACCCGCUACAUCCGCAACCGCCUCAACCGCCACCCCAAAACUCACCACAUCAACCCAAAAAUGGGCCUUGGACAGCUGGAAAGCCAAAAAGGCUCUCCAGCUUCCAGAAUACCCGGAUCAAAAUGAUCUCGAGUCGGUCCUCCAGACCCUCGAAGCGUUCCCGCCAAUUGUGUUUGCGGGGGAAGCUAGAAACCUGGAGGACCGACUCGGUGAGGCUGCCCUGGGGAAGGCAUUCCUGUUACAGGGCGGCGAUUGUGCUGAGAGUUUUAAGGAGUUUAAUGCGAAUUAUAUUCGCGAUACGUUUAGAGUUAUUCUUCAAAUGGGUGCCGUGUUGAUGUUUGGUGGCCAAAUGCCCGUUAUCAAGGUGGGAAGAAUGGCGGGUCAGUUUGCGAAGCCUCGAUCGGACCCGUUUGAAGAGAAGGAUGGUGUGAAGCUUCCGAGUUACAGAGGGGAUAAUGUGAACGGUGAUGCAUUCGAUUUGAAAUCGAGGACACCCGACCCGCAAAGAUUGAUUAGAGCAUACAGUCAAUCUGCUGCAACUCUUAAUCUUUUGAGGGCUUUUGCCACCGGUGGGUAUGCUGCUAUGCAAAGGGUGAAUCAGUGGAAUCUUGAUUUUACAGAGAACAGUGAACAGGGUGAUAGGUACCGCGAGCUAGCUAACCAAGUUGACGAGGCACUAGGCUUCAUGGCAGCUGCCGGACUCACCAUCGAUCAUCCUAUCAUGACCACGACUGAUUUCUGGACAUCACAUGAGUGCUUGCACUUGCCUUAUGAACAAUCUCUUACACGAUUAGAUUCAACUUCCGGCCUGUACUAUGAUUGUUCGGCUCAUUUCCUUUGGGUCGGUGAACGCACACGCCAACUAGAUGGUGCCCAUGUUGAGUUCCUAAGAGGAAUUGCAAACCCACUAGGGAUUAAGGUGAGUGAUAAAAUGGACCCGAACGAGUUAAACAAGAUCAUUGACAUCUUGAACCCGGAGAACAAACCCGGAAGGAUUACAAUCAUAACAAGAAUGGGAGCCGAGAACAUGAGAGUGAAGCUUCCUCAUCUUAUAAGAGCGGUUCGAAGAGCAGGUCAAAUCGUCACUUGGGUCACCGAUCCUAUGCACGGCAACACUAUUAAGGCUCCAAGUGGUUUAAAAACUCGCCCAUUCGAUGCUAUCAGGGCUGAAGUGAGAGCUUUCUUUGAUGUGCACGAGCAAGAAGGAAGCCACCCAGGAGGGGUUCAUCUUGAAAUGACCGGACAAAACGUGACUGAGUGCAUCGGUGGUUCAAGAACAGUGACCUUUGAUGAUCUUGGGUCACGUUACCACACCCAUUGUGACCCACGGCUCAACGCCUCUCAGGCCCUAGAGUUAGCCUUUAUCAUUGCUGAGCGUCUACGGAAGCGAAGGAUCGCCGCAACUAUUCGUUAACUAAGCUUUAAGUUAAUUUAUGUUUGUUGUGUUUUGUUUGCAGUAAAUCAUGUUAGUUUGUUUUAUGAACAUCUGACGUGUUUCUUAUUCAGUUAUGCUUGUGUAUUGCAUUUGUAUAUUUAAUGUUCUGGUUUUGAUGUUUUAAAA